AUGCACGACUUGAUAGUAUCAAUUGCACUCAACCAGACCAAGGACACUCAGCUUCUAGAGUAUAUCAUGACGCGGCACAUUCUCAUCCUCGGCGGGCAUGGCAAGAUUGCGCAGCUGCUCACGCCGCUGCUCCUGCAGAAGUCGUGGACAGUAACGAGCAUCAUUCGAACUUCGGAGCAGAUACCUACUAUUGAGGGAUUGGCGACGGGCCAUGGGAAGCUCAAUGUCCUUGUCCGCAGCCUCGAGGAUGUCAGAGAGGUAUCGCAAGCCAAGGGGAUACUGGAUGAAGUGAAGCCGGAUUCAAUCGUGUGGACGGCCGGCGCGGGCGGAAAGGGCCCUGUGGAAAGGACAUUCGCUGUAGAUCGAGACGCAGCGACGUGCUUUGUCAGAGCGGCCAUCGACACGCCAAGCAUCUCCAAGUUUGUUUUGAUAUCAUACCUCGCGUGUCGUCGCGCAUCGCCGAGCUGGUGGGACGCAGAUUCGUGGGAAUAUAUCCGCAAAGUGCAUGCCAGCUCACUUGCCGAUUACUGUGAGGCAAAGCUACAAGCCGAUCAGGUUCUUGUACAGGAAGCAUCCAAGAGAAGCGAUCUUGCCGCGAUCAGCUUACGGCCGGGGAUGCUCACAGACGCGUCUUCAGGCGGUGUUGAGCUAGGGAAAACAAAAAGCGCGCGGGGCAAUAUUAGUCGCGCGUCUGUUGCGGAGACUAUCUCGGCUCUGCUGGAGAAUGAAGGCCUCAGCACAUGCUGGUUGGAUCUACUUGAUGGGGAGGAAGAUGUUGCUUAUCAAGGUGAGACAAUUUGUUGCGGAGCCAUGGUGAGCGAAACCCCCAGCGAGCCGCGAUUCUCGUGCUCCGAGUGCAAGCUGCGCAAGGUCAAGUGCGACCGCACGACGCCUUCCUGUGCGCGAUGCAUCCGAAAUGGCGAUGUCUGCCAUUAUCCGACGGUGCGGAGACGCAACGCUCCUGGCAUGGGCCUGCCGUCACGGCCCAAGAUCAGCGACCUGGAGAGCCGCCUAGCGGAGCUUGAGGGGAAGCUGCGCACCCAAGAUCAUGGGCAAGCAUCGCGGAGCAGCGAGCUCCCCCAGACUCCAGAGUCCUUCGGCGGAGGGUCGAACUCCUCCUCUUCUAUGGCGUGGACGGGUCGCAUGGAGCAGCUCCCAGCGCGGGAGCAGGUGGAUGAACUGACGGACAUCUACUUUGCCAAAAUACAUUGCACUGCACCCAUCCUCCAUCCCGUGCGGUACCGAGCCUCGCUGUAUCAGCCACCGCACAUGCAGCCGCCAAUGUGCCUCCAGUACACCAUCAUGACCCUCGCGGCCAACGUGUCGUCGGCAUACAUCGCCGAGCCGUUCUACAGGCGCGCACGGAAAUACCUGGAAGCCGACGAGAUGAUGGAUGACGGCUACAAUAUCACGGUGCCUCACAUCCAGGCAUGGAUCCUGCUCAGUCAUUUCGAGGCGCAACAGCUGUGGUUCUCCCGGGCCUCCAUCAGUGUAUCGAGGGCCGUCCGGAUCAUGCAGAUGCUCGGCCUGCAUGCAUUGGACGCGCCGCAUGGCCCGACUCAGCGGACUCUGCUCCCACCAAGGGAUUGGUGUGAGCUUGAGGAGCGACGACGUACGUUUUGGGCUGGCUUUAUGACAGACCGGGGGACAAGUGCCACUACGGGAUGGCCUGUCCUGAUCAAUGCACACCAGAUCCAGACUCGAUUGCCGGCAUCCGAUGAAGAUUACCUUGCUGGUGUAUCUACUGAGCCUGCACCCCAAUCGUUCCAAGAUGCACUGAGCAACGGCGGUACGGAAAGGUCUUCCUUUGCCUGCCGGAUCAUCGCCAUGCACCUCUUCCAUGAGUGCAUUGAUAGCAACCACAGCAACCCCCUGCUUCCGAGCUUCUCAGCUCUGGAUGCCGAGCCGUUUUGGAUGCGGUUUGCGUCUCUGGACCAGGGCAUAGCGACCGCCUUUGCCACGAUGCCGGCCCAUCUCUGCUGCCCUGAGAACAUGCACGAUAACGAUGCUGUUGUCGUCAACCUGCAGCUGUACACCUCUACGAUAUGCCUGUAUCGCGCAGCGACAUCGCGCGUCAACUCAGCCAGUGAAGAUGACACGGAUGCACCACCACGACUACCGAUCGACGCGAACGAGAGGGUGCAGAUCGCGGCGCAGCAGAUCACGACGAUCCUGGCCAUGGCCAUGGACAUCCACACGAGGUUCCGUAACCCAUUCACGGCGUUUGCGGCGUUUAUGGCGGCGUUUGUGUUCAUCAAGCGGGAUCAAGAGUCGGGCACGCGGUCGAACAUGGACAAGGUGAAUGCGCUGAUGGACAUGAUGGUGACGAUUGGCAGCGAGAACGCCAUGACGGCCUCGCUGGCGGUGCAGCUCGCGCACGAGCUGAUGAAGACGGGGCUGGACCCGCUGGCCAUGAACAAGGUCUACGGGUUGAUGAGUAUGAUGGAUCAGCACGUGCCGCUGCUGGGCAAGGAGAGUGAGAAGGACGGCGCGGUGGUCUUCUGCCCGAUGGAGGAGCGGUUUGGAAAGACGACGCAUUGA